AUGGGCCAGAAAUCGAACGACUUGCUGGUCGUACGGCCACAAAGCCGCGGCAGACGCUCGCCCAGUCGCUCGCCUAAGCCCAAGAAUCGCAAGCCUGUACCCCCGCCGAAGACAUAUGCCUCGGACGGAGUGAAGAACAAUGAUAUCUUCAAGCUCCCCGGCUCGGACUACAAGCUUCUUGUGCUGGUGACUUUGAUUGCUGCUGCUGUUCGUUUAUUCAGGAUCUACCAGCCCACCAGUGUGGUCUUCGAUGAAGUCCACUUCGGUGGAUUCGCAUCUAAAUAUAUCAAGGGAAAGUUCUUCAUGGACGUUCACCCCCCGCUGGCUAAACUGCUGCUUACGCUGGCUGGCUGGUUGGCUGGCUUCGACGGAAACUUCGAUUUCAAAGAUAUUGGCAAGGAUUACUUGGAGCCUGGCGUGCCCUAUGUGGCAAUGCGCAUGCUUCCUGCUAUCCUAGGUGUUCUGACUGUUCCGUUGAUGUUCCUCACCCUCAAAGUCACCGGGUGCCGCACUUCGACUUCACUCCUGGGUGCUGGUCUUGUCCUCUUUGACAAUGCCCUGGUUACGCAGUCUCGUCUGAUCCUGCUCGAUUCUCCCUUGAUCUUCUUUACCGCUCUCACGGCUUUGUCAUUCAGCUGCUUCACCAACCAACAAGAGCUGGGACCCGCUUAUGCCUUCCGUGGCCCGUGGUGGUUCUGGCUGGUGUGCACCGGUCUUUCUCUAGGCGCAACCCUGAGUGUGAAGUGGGUUGGUCUCUUCACCAUGGCUUGGGUUGGAUCUCUCACAGCUCUUCAGUUGUGGGUGUUGUUGGGCGACGCUAAAAAUGUCACACCGCGUCUGUGGUUCAAGCAUUUCUUCUCCCGCGUUUUCUGUCUCAUUGUCAUUCCCCUCGGCUUUUACCUUGCCAUGUUUGCCAUUCACUUCACGUGUCUGGUUAACCCCGGAGAGGGUGAUGGGUUCAUGUCAUCGGAGUUCCAGGCAACCUUGAACUCAAAGUCUAUGCAAGACGUUCCUGCAGAUGUUUCAUUCGGAUCCCGAGUUAGCAUCCGCCAUCUGAACACCCAGGGCGGCUAUCUGCACUCGCACGCUCACAUGUAUCCCACUGGUAGCAAGCAGCAGCAAAUCACGCUGUACCCCCACAAGGAUGAGAAUAACAUUUUCUUGUUGGAGAAUACGACUCAGCCUCUUGGCCCCUACGGUGCGGUCGAGGGCCCCUUCGCCUGGGACAACAUGACCACUCCUGGUUACAUUAUGGAUGGCUCGAUCAUCAAACUCUAUCACACCAUCACUCACCGAAGAAUCCACUCACACGACGAGCGUCCUCCGGUGACCGAGGCUGAUUGGCAAUUUGAGGUCUCUGCCUAUGGAUACGAAGGCUUCCCUGGUGACGCCAACGAUCUGUUCAGGGUUGAGAUCGUCAAGUCCAUGUCCGAGACCCCAGAGUCUAAGACUCGCCUGCGGACUAUCCAGUCCAAGUUCCGGUUGGUCCACGUCAUGACUGGCUGUGUCUUGUUUUCCCACAAGGUGAAACUUCCGGACUGGGGAUUCGAGCAACAGGAAGUGACCUGCGCAAAGGGCGGUACCCUUCCCAACAGUCUCUGGUACAUCGAGUCCAACCAGCACCCUGCACUGCCCGCAGAUGCCGAGAGAGUGAACUACAGAAACCCCGGUUUCUUGGGUAAAUUCUGGGAAUUGCAGAAGGUUAUGUGGACCACGAAUGCCGGCUUGGUUGAGUCCCACGCCUGGGAUUCACGCCCGCCGUCCUGGCCUACCCUUCUCCGCGGCAUCAACUUCUGGGGCAAGGACCAUCGCCAAAUCUACCUUCUUGGAAACCCUCUGAUCUGGUGGUCGACCACCCUGGCCAUUGGAAUCUACUUCGUUUUCAAGGCUCUCUCCGUUAUUCGAUGGCAGCGAAACUGUGGUGACUACAACCACGUUUCUUUCAAGCGCUUUGACUAUGAAGUUGGCACCAGCGUUUUGGGCUGGUUCUUCCACUAUUUCCCCUUCUACCUCAUGGCUCGCCAGCUCUUCUUGCACCAUUAUCUCCCUGCCCUCUACUUUGCCAUCAUGGUCCUGUGCCAGGAGUUUGACUUCCUCACAAACCGCAUCAAGAGCCUAGGACUUGCAUCGAGACCUGCGAUUGGUAAGACUCUGAUGGCAGCAUUCCUGGGCCUCAGCGUUGUUGUUUUCACUCUCUACGCCCCACUUGUGUACGGCAACCCCUGGACCCGGGAUGCCUGCAACAAGGUCAAACUACUAGGAUCCUGGGAUUUCGACUGCAGCUCCUUCCACAGCGACUUGAGUCAGUACAUUACUCAAUACGUGCCUAACGCCCCUCCCGUGGCUGCCCCUACAACCGCAGCCCAAGCUCCUCCCCCACCACCAGUCCAGGCCCAGGAGCCGGUAGCCGAGCCUGCAGGUGAAGCCGCUCAGGCUUCAGACCCGGCAGCUGUCACCGCGCCCAAGAUCCAAGGCUCCGUGGCCCGUGUUGAGUACCGUGACCAGAACGGCAAGGUCCUUGAUGAAGCCCUGGUUGCUUCACUCCGCGCGGAAGGUAAAGUCAAGUUCGAGACUCGCUAUGACUCUGGUCCUCCCAUGCAAAAUGCCCACGAGGUUCCUGUCGUUGAUGGCCAGCUUGCUCCCCCGCACCCCGAUGUCGAGGGCCAGAACCCUGAGACUGGAAAGGAGCCCAAGGACUCCGUGCCUCCUGAGAGCCCUGCUUCUGUGGCCGAGGGCAAUGAGCGCUCUGUUGAACAGCCUCGCUCCAUGGAGGAAGCUAAGCCUGCCAGCGAGGGUAACGAGGCUACUAGAUAG